AGCAAGGAGUGCGGACAGACGAGUCUGGAAAUAGCCAGGGUGAGAGGAGCUGUUAGAGGAAGAGACAGGAGACGUCACUCAAGAGGGAGCAAUAGCAGGGAUCCUAAGAAUCCACAGUCUAGAGUUUGCAAGGAAGGGGUGCACAGGCAGCGGGAAGGCCGGGAACAGGGCCACAGCCAAGGCAGGCACGAGAGCACCGAGGGAUGAACUUCACGGUGGGUUUCAAGCCGCUGCUCGGGGAUGCACACAGCAUGGACAACCUGGAGAAGCAGCUCAUCUGCCCCAUCUGCCUGGAGAUGUUCUCCAAGCCCGUGGUGAUCCUGCCCUGCCAGCACAACCUGUGCCGCAAGUGUGCCAACGAUGUCUUCCAGGCCUCUAACCCUCUGUGGCAAUCCCGGGGCUCCACAACUGUAUCUUCGGGCGGUCGCUUCCGCUGCCCAUCUUGCAGGCAUGAGGUUGUCCUGGACCGGCAUGGGGUCUACGGCCUGCAGCGGAACCUCCUGGUGGAGAACAUUAUUGACAUCUACAAGCAGGAAUCCUCCCGGCCGCUGCACUCCAAGGCUGAGCAGCACCUCAUGUGUGAGGAGCAUGAGGAUGAGAAGAUCAACAUCUACUGCCUGAGCUGCGAGGUGCCCACCUGCUCUCUCUGCAAGGUCUUCGGGGCCCACAAGGACUGCGAGGUGGCCCCUCUGCCCACCAUUUACAAACGCCAGAAGAGCGAGCUGAGCGAUGGCAUCGCGAUGCUGGUGGCAGGCAAUGACCGCGUGCAAGCAGUGAUCACGCAGAUGGAGGAGGUGUGCCAGACCAUUGAGGACAACAGUCGCAGGCAGAAGCAACUGUUAAACCAGAGAUUUGAGACCCUGUGCUCGGUGCUGGAGGAGCGCAAGGGCGAGCUGCUGCAAGCGCUGGCCAGGGAGCAGGAGGAGAAGCUGCAGCGCGUGCGAGGCCUCAUCCGUCAGUACGGAGACCACUUGGAGGUUUCCUCUAAGCUGGUGGAGACCGCCAUCCAAUCCAUGGAGGAGCCGCAGAUGGCUCUCUACCUCCAGCAGGCCAAGGAGCUGAUCAACAAGGUCGGGGCAAUGUCGAAGGUGGAGCUGGCAGGACGGCCGGAGCCAGGCUAUGAGAGCAUGGAACAAUUCUCUGUGAGCGUGGAGCACGUGGCCGAAAUGCUGCGGACCAUCGACUUCCAGCCGGGCGCCGCAGGGGAUGAAGAGGAUGACGAGGUGGCUUUAGACGGGGACGAGAGCAACGCAGGGCUGGAGGAGGAGCGGCUGGAAGGGCCAGAAGGCCUGCACUGACCAGACCCUGAUCCAGAGCGCGCAUCUGUAGCGGGAGGCAAGGGAUGCUGAGGGUCUGCUCAGAGACCACCGCGCCUCCCAGCUCGGCGUUCCGCCCCCCCCCCCGAAGGGUCUCAAUAAAGGACUCUUGCAUCCCA